AGUCCCUUACUCAUACAAGAAGAACUAGCUAGAAGCUCCUGCGAUUCACAGGCGGCGCUGUUGAUUUUACCUUGCUUGGAAGCUAAGCUUGUGUGCUUGUUGUGUGUGAAGAGAGAAAAAGUUGGAGAAGAUGAAGAAUUCUGUUUCAGAGCAGAGCUUCUUUGUUGAUAGUGAGGAUGAUGAUGAUGAGAAGUCAGUUGAUAAAAAUGAAGAUGAUGGAGGAGAUGAUACUGAUUCAUCGGUUUCUUCUUUUCAUGAAAGGCAGCAAAGCAAGCCCAAUUCUUUUAACCCAGCAUGGCCACAAAGUUACAGGCAGUCUAUUGAUCUUUAUGGUAGUGUGCCUUCUCCAAGUAUCGGAUUUUUGGGCACUCCUUCAUUAUCAAGAUUGGGCAGUUCAUUUCUUUCUUCAUCAUUGACAAGGAGACACACUCCUGAGAUAUUACAUACAUAUAGUAAACCGCUUCUACAAACAGUGGAAGAUGAAGAACAAGCACAAACAAAGGGAAAUUCCAAUCUUCUAUAUCCUCCACUUCCGCCAAGAAAGAGUUCUGUAAGGAAAUCCUCCAAGGUAUUGGAGGAACUUCCAGUUUCUAGGCAUAGCUCACUUGGACAAGCAGUUCUAAAUGGCAUGAAUGUUCUGUGUGGAGUUGGGAUCCUUUCUACUCCCUAUGCUGUCAAAGAAGGCGGAUGGCUUGGCCUCUCCAUAUUGGCUGUUUUUGCAUUGCUUUCUUUCUACACAGGACUUCUCUUGCGUUAUUGCUUGGAUAGCCGACCUGGCCUAGAGACUUAUCCUGACAUUGGCCAGGCAGCAUUUGGAACUGUUGGGCGUUUUACCAUCUCUAUUAUUCUCUACAUUGAACUAUAUGCUUCUUGUGUUGAAUAUAUUAUUCUGGAGGGUGAUAACUUAUCAUCACUAUUCCCUAAUGCUCAUUUGAACAUUGGAGGUUUAUAUUUAGAUUCGCAUUACCUUUUCGCUUUGCUGUCUACUCUAGUUAUCCUUCCGACUGUUUGGCUGCGAGAUCUCAGAGUGCUGAGUUAUAUUUCUGCCGGUGGAGUCAUUGCUUCAAUUUUGGUGGUUCUAUGCUUGUUUUGGGUGGGGUUGGUCGAUAAUGUUGGCAUCCAGAGUCAGAGUCACGGGUCAAUGCUAAAUCUCAAUUCUGUGCCAGUUGCUAUUGGUCUGUAUGGCUUUUGUUACUCUGGCCAUGCUGUCUUUCCUAAUAUCUACUCAUCCAUGGAAAAACCAAGCCAAUAUCCUGCAUUCCUGUUAAUAAGUUUUACUGUUUGUACUUUGAUGUAUGCCGGAGUUGCUGUUAUGGGAUAUCUUAUGUUUGGAGAAUCAACAUUGUCUCAAUUCACUCUCAACUUGCCCCAAGAAUAUGUUGCCUCCAAAAUUGCUGUAUGGACAACGGUAGUGAACCCUUUUACCAAAUAUGCAUUAACCAUGACCCCAGUGGCACUCAGUUUGGAGGAAUUGUUGCCUGCAAAUAGUGUCAACUCUUACAGAUAUUCAAUAUGCAUAAGGACAGCUUUGGUGAUUUCUACUGUCGCUGUUGGUCUUUGUAUCCCUUUCUUCGGACUAGUUCUUGCAUUGAUUGGAUCACUACUCACAAUGCUUGUGACCCUGAUAUUGCCGUGUGCAUGCUACUUGCGUAUAUGGAGUGGCAAAAUAUCUCGUAGCGAAGUGUUUUUGUGCUAUGUAGUUAUUGUUGUGGGUUCGGUAUCAGCAACAGUUGGGUCCUAUUCAGCAAUCUCUGAGAUAAUCAAAAAAUUCAGAUAAGACAUUUUUAUUUUAUAUUUGAAAUCAUAUAUAGCUUCCCACUCCUUUUAGUAAAGACUCUACAAUAUAAUUGGACAAAUGAAUGAUCUUUAAUUCUCUUGAAAUGCAUAUGAAGCUUUAGUU